GUCACAAUGGAGCCGGUCGGAGGCGGUGAGCUGGGCAGCGCCGGGGCUUCCCGCUGAGCCCGCAGCCGCCGGCAGCCGGGAAAGUGCAGGCGCGGGGCCGCCGCCUGCGCGCCCGGAGGGGCCCGGGAGCACGCCGAGGGGAGCGCGGGCGCCCAGGACUGGAGUCGCGCAGGGCUCCAGUUUGUGUUUUCAUUUGCCUACUAGACCUCACUACCUGGAUGGCCCACAGAAGAAGCUUACUCUAUCACUUCAGAGUGCCCAGAGCUGCCCCAACUUAUUCUGAAUGCCAUGGCGGAGCUAAAUUCGUCUUCUCUGCUGAUGAGGCUCAAAUGGAGUCUUGAGUCUCUGCUAAAGGAUUCAGGAAGCCUUGCAUGUCACAUAGAAUUUGGGAUGUAAAUUGAAGCUGAAGAGCAAAUGGCAACCAGUGAUUUUGACUACCAGCAGCCAUUAACCAAGUUACAAAUGUGAAGCAUUAAUUUAACACCAAGGAACUUUUCAAAUUGAGACUAAUUGCAGAGGUUCCAAUUGACCAGCAUUCAUAGGAAUGAAGACAAACACAGAGAUGGUGUGUCUAAGAAACUUCAAAAGGUGUAGACCUCCUGACUGAAGCAUAUUGAUUUAUUUAAUUUUUUUCAUUAUAUUUCUGUCCUCCUACAAGGGAAAGUCAUGAUUACACUAACUGAGCUAAAAUGCUUAGCAGAUGCCCAGUCAUCUUAUCACAUCUUAAAACCAUGGUGGGACGUCUUCUGGUAUUACAUCACACUGAUCAUGCUGCUGGUGGCCGUGCUGGCCGGAGCUCUUCAGCUGACACAGAGCAGGGUUCUGUGCUGUCUUCCAUGCAAAGUGGAAUUUGACAAUCACUGUGCCGUGCCUUGGGACAUCCUGAAAGCCAGCAUGAACACAUCCUCUAAUCCUGGGACACCGCUUCCACUCCCCCUCCGAAUCCAGAAUGACCUCCACCGACAGCAGUACUCCUAUAUCGAUGCCGUCUGUUACGAGAAACAGCUCCAUUGGUUUGCAAAGUUUUUCCCCUACCUGGUGCUCUUGCACACGCUCAUCUUUGCAGCCUGUAGCAACUUUUGGCUUCACUACCCCAGUACCAGUUCCAGGCUCGAGCAUUUUGUGGCCAUCCUUCACAAAUGCUUCGAUUCUCCAUGGACCACCCGCGCCCUGUCAGAAACAGUGGCCGAGCAGUCAGUGAGGCCUCUGAAACUCUCCAAGUCCAAGAUUUUGCUUUCGUCCUCAGGGUGUUCAGCUGACAUAGAUUCUAGCAAACAGUCAUUGCCCUACCCACAGCCAGGUCUGGAGUCAGCUGGCAUAGAAAGCCCAACUUCCAGUGUCCUGGACAAGAAGGAGGGUGAACAGGCCAAAGCCAUCUUUGAAAAAGUGAGAAGAUUCCGCAUGCACGUGGAGCAGAAGGACAUCAUUUAUAGAGUAUAUCUGAAACAGAUAAUAGUCAAAGUCAUUUUGUUUGUGCUCAUCAUAACUUAUGUUCCAUAUUUUUUAACCUACAUCACUCUUGAAAUUGACUGUUCAGUUGAUGUGCAGGCUUUUACAGGAUACAAGCGCUACCAGUGUGUCUAUUCCUUGGCAGAAAUCUUUAAGGUCCUGGCUUCAUUUUAUGUCAUUUUGGUUAUACUUUAUGGUCUGACCUCUUCCUACAGCCUGUGGUGGAUGCUGAGGAGUUCCCUGAAGCAAUAUUCCUUUGAGGCGUUAAGAGAAAAAAGCAACUACAGUGACAUCCCUGAUGUCAAGAAUGACUUUGCCUUCAUCCUUCAUCUGGCUGAUCAGUAUGAUCCUCUUUAUUCCAAACGCUUCUCCAUAUUCCUGUCAGAGGUCAGUGAGAACAAACUGAAACAGAUCAACCUCAAUAAUGAAUGGACAGUUGAGAAACUGAAAAGUAAGCUUGUGAAAAAUGCCCAGGACAAGAUAGAGCUGCAUCUUUUUAUGCUCAAUGGUCUUCCAGACAACGUCUUUGAGUUAACUGAAAUGGAAGUGCUAAGCCUGGAGCUUAUCCCAGAGGUGAAGCUGCCCUCUGCAGUCUCACAGCUGGUCAACCUCAAGGAGCUUCAUGUGUACCAUUCAUCUCUGGUCGUAGACCAUCCUGCACUGGCCUUUCUAGAGGAGAAUUUAAAAAUCCUCCGCCUGAAAUUUACUGAAAUGGGAAAAAUCCCACGCUGGGUAUUUCACCUCAAGAAUCUCAAGGAACUUUAUCUUUCAGGCUGUGUUCUCCCUGAACAGUUGAGUACUAUGCAGUUGGAGGGCUUUCAGGACUUAAAAAAUCUGAGGACCCUCUACUUGAAGAGUAGCCUCUCCCGGAUCCCACAGGUUGUUACAGACCUCCUGCCUUCACUGCAGAAACUGUCCCUUGAUAAUGAGGGAAGCAAACUGGUUGUGUUGAACAACUUGAAAAAGAUGGUCAAUCUGAAAAGCCUAGAACUGAUCAGCUGUGACCUGGAACGCAUUCCACACUCCAUUUUCAGCCUGAAUAAUUUGCAUGAGUUAGACCUAAGGGAAAACAACCUUAAAACUGUGGAAGAGAUCAUUAGCUUUCAGCAUCUUCAGAAUCUUUCCUGCUUAAAGUUAUGGCACAAUAACAUUGCUUAUAUUCCUGCACAGAUUGGGGCAUUAUCUAACCUCGAGCAGCUCUCUUUGGACCAUAAUAAUAUUGAGAAUCUGCCCUUGCAGCUUUUUCUAUGCACCAAACUACAUUAUUUGGAUCUAAGCUAUAACCACUUGACCUUCAUUCCAGAAGAAAUCCAGUAUCUGAGUAAUUUGCAGUACUUCGCUGUGACCAACAACAAUAUUGAGAUGCUACCAGAUGGGCUGUUUCAGUGCAAAAAGCUGCAAUGUUUACUUUUGGGGAAAAAUAGCUUGAUGAAUUUGUCCCCUCACGUGGGUGAGCUGUCAAACCUUACUCAUCUGGAGCUCAUUGGUAAUUACCUGGAAACACUUCCUCCUGAACUGGAAGGAUGUCAGUCCCUAAAACGGAGCUGUCUGAUUGUUGAGGAGAACUUGCUCAAUACUCUUCCUCUCCCUGUAACAGAACGUUUACAGACGUGCUUAGACAAAUGUUGACUUAAAGAAAAGAGACCCAUGUUUCAAAAUCAUUUUUAAAAGUAUGCACGGCCGGGCGUGGUGGCUCACGCCUAUAAUCCUAGCACUUUGGGAGGCGAAGAUGGGCAGAUUGCUUGAGGUCAGGAGUUCGAGCCCAGUCUGGCCAACCUGGUGAAACCCCAUCUCUGCUAAAAAUACAAAAAAAUUAGCCAGGCGUGGUGGCAUGCACCUGUAAUCCCAGCUACUUGGGAGGCUGAGGCAGGGGAAUUGCUUGAACCAGGGAGGUGGAGGUUGUAGUGAGCCAAGAUUGCGCCACUGUACCCCAGCCUGGGUAACAGAGCAAGACUCUGUCUCAAAAAACAUAAAAUAAAAUAAUGCUCCAGGGCUUUAAAUGAGAAGUAAAAUUUUCUAAGUUAAUAAAGAUGAAGAAUGGGUGACUAUUAUGAUGAACCGUAACUAAAUGUCUUAUUAAAGCAACUCAGUGUCUAGCCCUAAAUUAACCAGGUAAAAACUGUUAACACUAACCUGAAGUUUGUGAAUAAUUGUUCUUUAACUUAUUGAGAUGUUGCAAGAAAUGCACAUCGAGGGUGGACUGGAAGCUAUGAAAUGACUGAAUUCCUCCUUGCAGUGUUUGCCUUCAAGAUUGUAUAGGUAUUCUGUCCUCUUCUUCCCCCAGUCCCCAUUACUUAUUUGCACACUUGUUUUAACUGACUUCCUGUUUUGAUAUUUAUCACCAAGAACAUAACUCAUCAUUAUGAAUUGUCUUGAUGUAUACUCACCACUGUCUUUGAUUUAUGUUCCUAAAUUUUUUUAGAUGGGGUGUAUUGUGCUUGGCAGAAUUCGUUUUUGGCUUAAUUUUUACUUCCUUUCCCAGCUUGCUUGAGUCUUCCUUAACCUGAUUUUCUCAACACCAAUGAUGACCCUGAGAAAAUGCCUGCAUCUGGCCUUUGCCUAGAACAGGAGCUGAGUAUUUAAGAUGUAUUAUCCUUGGGGCAUCCUGAAAAUUAAUGUAUUCCCUAAAAUUUCUUCUUGUCUAUCAUCAAGGCCUUUUUUUAUUUGUUAAGAAUUUUUAUAUUAAAUGUAAAACAUAUAAAUAUUUUCUAUUGUAUAAUCUUGGAUUCAAAAUCUGUGAGGAUCAUUUUUGUAAGAUACAUAGAAUUUAUGCAUUUCUUUAUGAACUUACUGUUAGUGUACUUGGUUUUGGCUGUUUAUGACUCUCAUGUUUGUGUACAUUCUGCUCCAAAAUGUUUUUGUACUCUGCAACUAAUUACUUUUGGAUAACAAAAGCCUUGUGUUUAAUGCCCUAAAGUAUUUGGGGGUUUCCUUGUGAGAGAGUGGCCGAAUCAUCUACCUCUCUCUUCCCUAGUCGCUGUGCAAUCGUACGGGUACAAUUCUUAAUUACUUACAAAAACUGUGAUAGAGGGGAGAGGUACAGAUUUGGUUCUUAAAUUGAUUUUAAAAUAUAGAAAUUUAGUAAGAGUUAAAGCAAAAGACAUUUUUCCCCCUCCAUCUGCGUAAUCUCUAGCUGUGAUUAUAAUGUAAAACAGCCUCUAUUCAGUGUCUAAAACGAGUUCUCAAAACCCACAAAGAAAUAGAUCCAUUUAACUGAAAUUCAUCUCAUGCCUUUAUCUAACUCCUCUGGAAAAUACAUUUUGCUCCUUUUUAUAAAGAGCUUUGUGUUUGGCCUUUUAUUAUGCAUAUUUUUUAAUGAAUAAAAUCAACUGACUCAUUUUUGGGAAAUGUACAUCUUUACUGUGUUUUUCCCUAAGGGUCUAGGCAUUAUGAUGCCACCUCUUCAUUUUGGAUAUAACUAUGAAGAAAUCUAUUAACUGCACCUACACAAAACAGGAAAGCACUAUAGGUAAACAGUACUGUGUAUAUGGAAUUGUGGUGCGUGGUACAUGUUUUCUCUUGCUUUGUUCCAGAAAGAUGAAAGUGAGUCUUUAAAGCAUAGCAAAUAGAGCUUCCCUCACCUGCCACACACUCCUGCACUAAAGUUCAGAGAAAGAAAUUAUUCAGAUCAAAUGAAAUUUGGAUAAUAUUAGCUAUGAGGAAUAUAGGACACCAAACACACUGCCUCACACAUUAUUGUUUAUUCUGAAUGGAAAGGAACAGUGUAAAAAUAAAUUACUUACCAAAACUUGCCUUUAGUCAGAACAUUCAGCUCUCAGGGAAACAGGUAUAACUGAUGAAACUUCUAGGACUUCAGAAAACAGAUUCUAAUUAUAUCCAUGUUUUUUGUUGUUAUUUUCUUUUUUUUAAGUGUGAGUUGAUGUUUAUUUUAAUGUUUCACAAUAGAAUUAUCAUGUAUACUGAUUCCAGUGUGGUAUAUGAUUAAGUUUUGGACGUGCAUAUGCCAAAAGUGCUUAAAUGUUUUUGGCCACAUAACUAGCUAGAAUUUGUAUGAAAGACUCUCACCCUCUUUUAUAGGAAGAAUUUUCAAAACAAAAUUCAGAUUUGCUACCAUCCACCUGACGAACUUCUCCAUGGCUCGUCACUGGUUUGGUUCAACUGCAAAAGUCAUUGGCUAAAUUUUCCUUAUCACCUACAUAAAUUUCUAUAGGAAUUUACUAGCAGGAUUAAUAAUAAAUAUUAUAAACUGCUUUCCACACACUAGGGUAUAAUUAUUGGUGCAAUCUAUAUUGUUUUUGAUGCCAUGGUUUUACAUCUUUUAAUUUAAACCUUGUACGCCAGUGUUGAGGUCGCUUUUGAGACAAGGUAGCCCUGAUGCAAGGAGCGAUGAGGCUACUACUUCACAUAAAAAAUAGGGUGUUAAUACCACCUUUACUGUACAGUUGGAGCAGAUCUUUAUUUUACAGGUGUUCAUAUUCACUUAACAGAAUUUUAAAUAAAGACAAUUAAGUUUGUUAAAUUAUAAUUAUGAGAGUUUCGUUGGCAUUUGAUUUCAAGAAUACAUAUGCAUUUUCCAAAAAAUAAAUGUGGAGGUUAUUCAAAACAAAAUUCAUAGCUUAUGGUAGUAAUGGCAUGGGUUACUUUUAUUUGCAUGCACACACAGACACACAUACUUCAUGUAUGUAAAUUAUAAUAUUAUUUUUUGAUAUAUCUAGUGGAUUUUUUUUCCAAAAUUGCAGGAGGUUGUAGAUUAAAUAGUAGGAUAGCAAGUUUUUUAAUUCAUUAGUCAUGAAGUACUGUAUUCCCUAAGUUAUGACAUUUAAAAGAAAUCACAUGCUCAACCUUGAUCUGAGAACCUAAGUGUUUCUGAGCAUUCUGGUAAAGGAGUAGUGUUCUUUUCCUAACUUACAUCAGGGUACAUCUGUGUGGCACAUAGAUACUAUAUUUUCGUUCUUCACUCCCAGUCUUAAUUUCUUUCCCCUGUAUGUCACUGUAUUUUAUGUCACUUCACAUUAUGUUAAACAGGGUAAAUAGAGAUCCUCAGUGUCUCAGUGCUGUGGCAUAGCUCCAAUAGGUGUGCUGUGGUGCACUGCAGUGAUGUAUUUGCAUAACAUUGUUUGAUAGUGAAAAAUUUUUUUUCUGUUCAAGUGUUUUGUGAUGAAAAUUUUAUGUUUAAUUAAAAUAUUGCAUAAUAUUGAUGGGUUCAACAACCAUUAAAAUAAUCAAACAAUUAUUCUGUGGCCUUAACAUUAUUUUCUUGCGUUUUCAAUAAAAUUUUAUUUUCAUCUUUCCAUCUUCACAUUCUCUUAGCAUCAUCCUAUGCACAUAAGGUAUGUUGUUUUUCUUCUUCACUCACCUACUGCACUAAAUUUGAUCAGCACUUUAACAGAAUAUAUUUAUGCUAGAAGAUUUGCAAUGAUAUUUGAGCAUGUAUUUAGGAGGAAGCCAUUGCCUAUAAUUAUGUCUCACUGAGUAGUUUUAUUUUACCCAUCCUGCAGUAUUUACAGCUGAUCUCUACCCAAAGCAGGACAAUGUAACUGUUGUUUUCAGUAGCUGUACUGAAAUUGCAUCAGAAUCUGUUUAUUUCUUUUUGGAAACAAGAGACAGAAUGGUGGGAGAGGGAAGGAGUUAUUUUGCAUUCUAGUUUAUAUUAUGAAGUCAUUAUAUAUAUUUGAAAUAGUAUAAACUAAUUACUGUUGCAGAAUGCCCUCGAUAUAAUUAUUUCUUUUCAGCUGGAUGUGAAAAGCUGAAGCAGUGAAAACCUGCAGUCCUAUUUAAUUGGUUUCUUUCUGUUUCUUGUCCAUCACUUCUGUAUCCACAGGGAGCUAUCUACUACAUACCUUUGGUAACAGGCUACAUUCUCUUCAAAUUUUUAAUAUGAAUAAUUUCAUCAGCACUAAAGCAUUAACAUAGAAUAAUGAGCCAAAGUUCUGAAUUGAGAUGGCUUUCAGUUGAGCUUAAUUUCAUAGUUAACUUUUGCAUUUGACUUGUAUAAUACACUACUGCUGAGAAAAUUAUGAAUGCCUUCUGCAUGUUGUACAUUAUUUCUAGCAGAGACGGUGCAAUUUUAAGAAUACAAAGGGAUAUAGAGUUAGAAUGGAUGUGUUCAUGCAUGUAUAUGUUGUGUUUAAAUAUUAACAUUUACAAGAAGAUUUUUUUUUAAUUCUUCAAAUAUUUCACUCAGUGAAAUAAUGGGCCAAUCUGGAAUAGAGACAUUUUCCUUGGUUAGUGCAAGAGUGAAAGCUAGCAUUUGUUAACCUUCACAUAUUUAUCCGUGCACAAUUGUUUUUGCUUCUGGUAAUGAAUUAUUAGAAAAUGGAAGAUUUUGUUCAAUGUUUUUGGCCCUCAGGUUUACCGUGUAAAUCUGCAUUUUUGGUGGUAAAUCCCUUUGCCGCAGAUUCAGUAGCUUUUGGUAAAUUUCAUUGUUUUUAAAGUACCUUUUGUGUAAAAUAAAGAUCCCAUUUUUAUAACAAAUGGCAAAUAAAAACACUAAAUGCUGGAA